AUGGCAGGCGGCGGGCGAGGGGUAACCAAGACCCCUCCGAUGUCGGGGUGCCCCGAGAGCAGCACGCGGUGUCCCCAGGUGUGGCCGUGGGCACGGAGCGGCCCCGUUUGCGUAAGAGCACCGGGCGAGCGCCGUGCCAGGGCCUCGCCCGCGCAGCAGCAGCUCCGGGCGGGGCCGGGGACAGGGACAGAGUCACCGCCCGGCACCGGAGCCGCGACUCCCACACUGGAACCGGCACCGGGGCAGCCCCGGGGACCCGCCCGGCCGGUGCCGCGCAGGACCGGCCGAGCUCACGGGCAGCACACGGAGAGCCCGGGCACCGGGACCGAACCGGGACGGCCGGUGCUGCCCGGCCCGGACCGCCGGGGCCUCCCCGCCCCGAGCGCGGCCGCUCCCCAGCGCCGCACGGCGGAGUCCGCGCGGCUCCGGUGCCGCCCAGCCCGGAACCACCGACGGGCACGGCCCUGGCCCGGGCACGGCCGCUCCAACUCCGCUCACCGGACCACUCCCCGCCGCCAGCCCGCUCCUCCGGACCCUCCCCGCUCACCGGAGCGACCCCUGCCCGGUUCCGCCGGCCUGCUGCCGCUCACCGCCGGUCCCCCACGCCCGGUGCUCGCUGACUCGGCUCCAUUCACCGUCGCUCCCGGUGCCCCGCCCCGCUCACCGUCGCUCCCCGUGCCCGGUACGCCAGUCCCGCUCACCACCGCCACCCGUUCCCGGUGUCCCGGCCCCGCUCACCGUCCCUCCCUGCCCGCUCCCGGUGUCCCGGCCCCGCUCACCGUCCCUGCCCGCCCGCUCCCGGUGUCCCGGCCCCGCUCACCGUCCCUCCCUGCCCGCUCCCGGUGUCCCGGCCCCGCUCACCGUCCCUCCCUGCCCGCUCCCGGUGUCCCGGCCCCGCUCACCGUCCCUCCCUGCCCGCUCCCGGUGUCCCGGCCCCGCUCACCGUCGCUCUCCGCCGCCCGCCCGCUCCUGCCCGAACAAAAGGCGAGCAGCGCCCCGCGCACCGCCCCGCCCGCCCCAGGCCCCGCCCCCGCGCCGCCCCGUCGCUAUUGGCUGCCCCGCACGCCCAUCAACUCCUGGGCGCGCCGGGCCCCGCCCCCGCCGGACGUGUUUAUCCGCUCCCCAUUGGCGGGGGCGCGGCCGCCCCGCCCUCUACCCGCAGGUGAUUGGACAGCGGGGCGGGAUGGGCGGGGCGAGGCGGCGGCGGAGCAAGGGCGCGACCACGAGGGGACCACCUGGGUGACGUCAGUGGGCGUGGCCAGGUGGGGCCGGGAGCCGCCCCUGGGCAGGGCCGGGGGCGCGGGGACUCCCGAGCAGUGCGGGACCCCCGGGCCAUGCGGGACCCCCGAGCCGUGCGGGAAUUCCGGAGCAUGCGGGACCCCCGGGGUAUGCGGGACCCCCGAGCCCUGCGGGGACCCCCGAGCCGUGCGGGACCCCCGGGCCAUGCGGGACCCCUGGGGUAUGCGGGACCCCCGAGCCCUGCGGGGACCCCCGAGCCCUGCGGGACCCCCGGGGUAUGCGGGACACCCGAGCAGUGCGGGAAUUCCGGAGCAUGCGGGACCCCCGGGUUGCACGGGGACCCCUGGACCGUGCGGGACCCCGAGCCAUGCGGGACCCCCGGGCCGUGCGGGACCCCCGAGGCAGGAGCGGGGGCGGCUGGAAGCGGCGUGCGGGAAGGGCUCGGGGCUGCUGGCGCUGCGUCAGCCCGGUCCCCGCCGGACCGGUCCAGCCGGGUGCUGCCGCCGCGUCCCGGGCGAAGCCGCCGCCAGCCAGUGCCCGAGUCAUCCAUCGGAUGUGUCCCAGCCCACCUCAGGACCCCCAGGUGUGGGGAGCGGGAGGAUUCUGCCCCGGUGA